UUGAAAGAGUAGCUAAGCGUGAGACACAGACAACGUUUAAAAUGUCCAGUUUUAGUGUAGCUAAUUUAUGUCACUGUGGAUUCUUCACAUACCUUGUGAUGUUCUCGUUUUACGUUUCUAUAACGUCCUCUGUGAGCCUCGACUUGACUGAACUGAGAAACAAAGUUGCAAAAAUCAAAGUUAACCCAAGAGGAAAUUUAUGGGCAACAGGUCAUUUUAUGGGGAAGAAAAGUGUUGAAGACACUGAACAAUUGCCGACCCAGGAGAACGCUGCGAUGAAAGCCAUCGAGGCGGCACUGAAUCCACAACAGGUCGAGCCCGCGGAUAUCUUCAAUGAAAUACUGAAGAACGCACUUCGGACACACAUCGAGUCGCAAGAGAUCAGCCCCAAAGAUCGGGAGACUGCACUAUUAAUGAAGAUAUUAGGCAACUACAUCCAAGGCAACAGAAAAUGAUGAUGGCUUCCAUUGGCUGAGAACCAUAGGUUGUUUCCAUCAUAUGGACAAUUUCAAUUGUUUUUUCAUUGAUUGUCAUUUAUUAAAAAGUAUGUCUACCCUCACAAUGUAGCAACAAGUUAUAUUUAUUUUUGGACAUGCCCAGAAUUGUUAUUUUUAUUUAAUACUUUGUAGUAAAGAAAGUUGUUCCACCAUGCAGCUACAAUGUUAAAAGUGUCAUAAUUUAACAGCUAUCAACAUUUGUAUUUAGUUACUUCUUAUUCAGUUACUUCUUGCAAUUAUGAUUUAAUAAUUAUCAUUAUUUAUGUAUUUAUUUGUAUAAAGCAGUAGGCUUGUGGACCAUACUGGUUAAAAGCAGCUCAGUCGAGGCAAUUAUACGAACUAUAAUGAAUACCUAGUUUACCAAAACAGUAAAAAACACACGCAUGCUAAUAAAUAAUCCUAUGUAUGAUCUAUACAUGCAUGUAUUAAAAGGAAAACAUGAAUUAUCAGCAAACCAUGUUUAGGUUUGAAAGUUUUUUUAACGUAUAAAAUUGGAAAAUAAAUUGUUAUGAGACAAAUUGGAUAUUAUUUACAAUCCAAACUUACUGUAAUUUAUAAAAACACACAGAAU